AUGGCAACGACAGGACACGGGUCUCCCACCGGAGUUGGUCAGGUUUCUUGUGAUGGGUCUCCCACCGGAAUCUCUCAGGCCGACUGUGACGGUGAGACAAUUAAUGCUAGAGACAAGACCGGUGCACAAGUCAACUUGGAUAACGCCGGUGAGAAACCCUACAUGUGUGGAAAGUUUGGGUACAGGACAGGUGACAGGUCCAGCUUAUCCCGACAUAUGAGGACCCACUCUGGUGAGAAACCCUACAUGUGUGGGGAGUGUGGGUACAGAACAGCUGAUAGAUCUGCCCUAUUACGACAUAUGAGGACCCAUACAGGAGAAAAACCCUACAGAUGUGACCAGUGCGACUUUUGUACUGCACACAAACGUGCCUUGGACCAACAUCUAGCAAAACACACUGGUGAAAAACCCUACAUGUGUGAGGAGUGUGGGUACAGGACAACUCAAAAGUCUGACUUAUCCAAACAUCUCAGAACACAUACAGGUGAGAAACCUUACAAGUGUGACCAGUGUGAUUAUUCUGCAGCAGUAAAAUGUACCUUAGAUGGACAUGUAGCAAAACACACUGGAGAAAAACCCUACAAGUGUGCCCAUUGUGACUAUUCUGCAGCACGUAAAAUCAGUUUGGACGGACAUCUAGCAAAACACACUGGUGAGAAACCCUUCAUAUGUGAGGAGUGUGGGUACAGGACAGCUAAAAAGUCUUACCUAUCUCUACAUAUGAGAACCCAUACAGGGGAAAAACCCUACAAGUGUGACCAGUGUGACUAUUCUGCAGCACGGAAAUCCAACUUGGACUAUCAUCUAGUAAAACACACCGGUGAAAAACCCUAUACGUGUGAGGAGUGUGGAUACAGGACAGCCCAAAAGUCUGACUUAUCAAAACAUAUGAGAACACAUACAGGAGAAAAGCCCUACAAAUGUGAUCAAUGUGACUAUUCUGCAGCACGGAAAUCCCACUUGGACGAUCAUCUAGCAAAACACACUGGUGACAAACCCUACAUGAAUGUGGAUAUAGGACAGCUGCAAAAUCCGACUUCUCUCGACAUGUGA